UCAAAAUGGCUUCUUUUUGUGUUCUGUCAGGGCCAAACUCCCCUGUUUCCUCGCAUUUUUGGACAUGAAGCUGGAGGAGUUGUGGAGAGCGUAGGAGAGGGCGUCAAGUAUCUGAAACCAGGGGACCAUGUGCUUCCAGUGUUCACAGGGGAAUGUGGAGAAUGCCGGCACUGUAAGUCGGAAGAGAGCAACAUGUGCGAUCUUCUACGAAUCAACACCGACAGAGGAGUGAUGCUAAGCGACGGGAACACAAGAUUCUCCAAAAACGGACAGCCAAUUUACCACUUUGUGGGAACCUCAACCUUCAGUGAAUACACAGUUGUUCAUCAAGGCUGUCUGGCCAAAAUCAACCCUGCUGCUCCUCUCGACAUUGUGUGCGUUCUUAGCUGUGGCAUUUCCACUGGCCUUGGUGCCACUUUGAACGUUGCUAAGCCUCCAAAGGGCUCCUCCGUCGCUAUCUUUGGAUUGGGCGCCGUCGGCCUAGCU